AUGUCGCUGACGCAAGAAAUUGUAAUUUCAAUCGAUUCAUAUGAUACUAUUUGUUUGGUGUAUUUGAUUGAAAUUGGAAAUGAUGUGAAUGUUGAUGAAAUAUUACCAAUAUGGGCAAAAGAACAAGAGGAUAUGGUUCCAUCAAUUAUUACUGAUAUUGAUCAAAUUGAACAACCAAUUAAAUAUAUCGCUGGUUUAGAUAUAAGUUUUGUUAAAACAAAUGAUAAAGCUGUUGCAUCGAUGGUUAUUUUUGAUUAUAAUACAUUAACUAUUGUAGCGAAAAUUAGUAUUUAUUGUGUAAUUAAAAUUCCAUAUAUACCUGGCUAUUUAGCAUUUCGUGAAACUCCAAUAUUUAUGAAAUUAAUUAAAAUUCAAAAACAACGUUGUCGUCAUUUAACACCACAAAUUAUUCUGAUCGAUGGAAAUGGUGUUUGGCAUCCACGUCGUGCUGGUAGUGCUUCUCAUUUUGGAGUUUUAAGUGGUAUUCCAUGUUUUGGUGUAUCAAAAAAUGUUCUCCAUGUAGAUAGUAUUACACGAUCUAAAAUACCAGAAUUAUUAACUGAAAAUGCACCAGAUAAAGAUCAAUAUAUGGAAGUUACGGAUGAUAGUGACAAUGUUCUUGGUAUAGCUUAUAAUGUAACUGGGAAUGUAAAAAGUGCUGUUUACAUCAGUGUUGGACAUAAAAUAAAAUUAGCAACAGCUUUAAAUGUAUUUCAAUCAGUAACUCAAUAUCGUAUUUGUGAACCAAUACGACAGGCAGAUUUACUUAGUCGAUAUAUGGUUGCGCAAAUUUCAUAA